AUGCCCCCAAAGACUGCGCGUGUGGGGAGGACCAAGUCGGUCGCGGCGCCGAGCGACCCGAUGGCGGACCUCACGGCCGUCGCCCCCGUCCACGCGACCCUCGCGGCGGCGGAGCGGCAGCGGAAUUAUUUUCAGGUCGAGCGCGACAAGGUGCAGGCGUAUUGGGAUCUCGCCCGGCGGGAGGUCGCCAACCAGCAGGACGCCCUUCUCAACGCCGAGGCCUCCCUCGAGGAGAUGGAACGGGCCCAUCAGGUCGAGAUGAAAGUCUACAAGCAGAAGGUGCGGCACCUGUUGUAUGAACAUAAGAUGAAGGUGAAGUCCUGUAAGGAAGAGAGUGAUCGGAUGUUGAAGGAGGCAGAGGAAAAACAUCAGAAGCGGAUGAAUAAUAUUCGAACCCUUAUGCAGCAACAUACCAAACAACUGGAAACGGGAGCGGAGAAUUAUGAGAUGAAAAUUGAGGAACAACGGGACUCUCAUAAUUAUAUGGUUACAGCAACAAAGAAACAGAGUCAUGAAAAAGAACUCGCCCGUCAACAGGCCGCGUAUGAUGCUAAACUCAAGGCUUUACGAGAUGAAUUAGAAUUACGUCGACGUGCAGAAAUUCAUGAAAUUGAAGAGCGAAAGAAUGAACAUAUUAAUGCUCUUAUUCAACAACAUGAAGCGAAAUUUCAAGAAAUGAAAGCUUACUACAAUCAAAUUACUACUAAUAAUUUAGAGAUUAUUCAAUCUCUAAAAGAGGAAAUAGCUCAAAUGAAGAAAAAUGACGAACAUAACGAAACACUAAUGUAUGAUAUUGAUCGUGAAAAUCAAAAUUUAGUGGCCCCUUUAGAGGAGGCUCAACGUGAAGUAGCAGAAUUACAACAAAAACGAAAACAAUAUGAACAAGAUAAACGUAGUCUUGGUAUGACUCGUGCUAAAUUACGUUCACUACGUGAAGAAAUAUGGCGUUUACGAGAGGAACAUAAAGCUCUAGAAGAACGUUAUUCUCGCGUUCAUCAAGAACGGGAAGAACUUAAAUCUAAAUUCGAGUCUGCUCUUCGUCAAGCGAUGGAAGUAGUGGAAGAACGUAAUGAAGUACUACAACAGAGAUUAAUUGAAUCACACGCACUGGUAGAAGAAAGAGAUGCACAGUUGGAUGGUGUACUUAAUGCAAUGCAUCUUGAACCUGCUGCAUUAGAUCUUAUCGCCACUGAAGUGGAUCGUACCUUAGAGAGGAAGAAUCAGAUGAUUAAGGAUUUGCAUUUUGAGUUGAAAAAGGGAGAGAAACUACUAAACGCUACACUUGUUGAGUUAGAAAGACGUUGUCAGGCAGUGAAUCUCCCGCCACUUCCUCGGGAUACUUUCUUUUAA